AUGAAGCUCACCGCCGGGCUUCUCGCAGCCCUUGCUGGCUGUGCCGCAGCAGCUGCACCGCCGGCCGCCGAGGUGUUCCUCGUGCCGACGCGCGAGGCCUCCUCGUCCAAGACGCCCUCCAUGUCGCGCAGCCUCGCUCGCCUCGUCCUGCUGCAGCGUCUGGCCCCGACCGGGCAGGGCCCGUCCGUCCACGACAUCCCCACGAACACCGAUGUCGAUGCCGCCGUCUCCGCGAUGAACACGUUUGGCAAGCCGCCCCCCGCGCUGUUCGCGAACGGCGCCAGCGAGCCGCCGAGCCAGCUCGUCAUGAUGCUGGAGGGCAUGACGGAGGAGCAGAUCCAGAGCGUGGGACGCCAAUUCAAGACGAAGCCUGCGUUUACGAUUGCCGACCCGCCGUCGUCGAAUGCUCACGAUGAGCUCAUCAGGAUCGACUUCAGCCGCGCGGGCGUGUCCAACGAUAACAGGUGCAGCGUCCAGCAGGUCGUCAACCCCCUGGAGGAGUGCUGGGGCGGCAAGCAGGCUGCCGUCGCCAAGUUUGACGUCAAGAAGGAUCCCGAUGUCCUCAAGCAAGUCACCCAGAAGCUUGCCCAGCUAUCCAAGCUUGCCAAGGCUGGCGAGCUCGAGACGGCCAUCAUUCUCCUACCAUCUACCGCGACGUCCAAGUCGUGGUCCGACCAGUCGCAGGAGCUACGCCGCCGGCAGGCCGAGCAGGUUAUGACGUCGCUCGACAAGUCGGUACAGUCACCUGCGCCGUCGACGCCGACAGGCCAGAGCACGAUAUUCACGGCCAAGGGCCCGAUCGCAGCCUGCUUCAACUCCAAGGACAGCUGCAUCCAGGCCACGGGCAACUGCUCCCAGCACGGCUCGUGCCUCAACAAGUACGCCAACGAGGACGGCACGGACGGCAAGGAGAUUUGCUACGCGUGCCACUGCCUGAGCACGCGCACCAACAAUGGCAGCCUGACGCACUGGGCGGGCCCGACGUGCGCCAAGUCGGACAUUAGCGCGCCGUUCUGGCUGUUUGCGGGGUUCACGCUGGCCAUUGUCGGGAUCCUGUGGAUGGCCAUUUCGAUGCUGUUCAACGUGGGCGAGGAGAAGUUGCCCGGCGUGAUUGGGGCGGGCGUGUCGAGGUCCAAGUAG